UACAUUUAUUUUUGUUUUUAAGAUUUACAUUUACAAAUAUUUUUGUUUUUUGUUUUGGUAAAACACCGCAAAUUUGUAGAAAAAUUCUUCCAAAUUCUUGUACAAGAAAGUAGUGGCGCCAUGGAGUUGCAGAAAAUGUUUAGAAUUGUGGAGCUGAAAAGCAAACAUUUAACGCUUUUUCAGGUGAUCUGUAUCGUGCUUUUAAUCCUUUGGUAUGUGUUGAGCACGUACGCGACGCGUGUUAUGAUCGUGUGUGGUACAAUUUUCGGUUUCACCAUAAUAACGGCUGUGCUGGUGGCGCUUUCGUUCCUAUCGUUCAAUGAUGUGGCAGUCUAUCUCGUUCUUGGCGCUAUUUUAUUUCUCAUCUGUGCCGGUUUGUCAUUGGCCACAUUGCCAAAGGAUUCUGAUGGAAAAUUGGCCUAUUUUAUUGCAACAGGCUUUUUUCUCGCUAAUGGUGUUUUAUUUCUAAUCGAUUUUGUUCUCGAAACGAAAAACAAGGAAGUUAUACUAAAUUAAAUAUCCAAGCAUUUCAUAAACACUCUGGUACAAUAUCAAAUUAUAUCAAAAUUUGACCCGGACGGCCAAAAGACUACAUUUUUACGUAUUUUAUUACAAAUCUUUAUUAUCGCUUCCGAAAGAGGCAGUUUUUG